GGAGGUUUUUGACUUCUCAGGUUUUAAGUGAAUCUUUUUUCUUUUAGGGGGAGGGUGUGGAGGAGGAACUUCCCUAGUUCACAGUCCUUCUGGAAAAUUUUGCCUGAUCAAAAAACAGCUUUAAUUUUUCUUAAAUAGAUUGCCAGUCGGUCCUGUAAUCCCAGUAGGAACAAAGGAGCACCAUGCUGCAUGUGAAUCUGCUUCCUCACGCACCCAGGCCAGCUUGCGGCGUGCAGCUGAGACACAAGCUCUGUCUUGUCCCCUCACGCGCCCUUACGGAUGAGGGAAAUGCCCUUUGCUCAUUUCUGAGCAGUAGAAAUAUGUUGAUAGAAGCACCACAAACAUGCAACUGUUUUUAUUCAGAUCCUAGUGCUUCCCCCACCCCACUGCCUAUACUGCUGUCUGCCAGGGAGGGACUUUUCAUAGCGCAAAGAGAAGAUGGCAUGUGGGAAGCCUUUCAGAUCCUCCCAAGCCUGAGGUUUCUGCUGCCUGGUCCAGCGAGGCUGCGCCUUUGGAGGAGGGCCUGUGGCAGCAACAGCAGGGGAGGAGGAGCCGGAGCUGGCAAAGAGCUGUUCCUGCUUACAGCCAGCAGAUUAUCAUCUCCUCAUCCCCGCGCCGAGGCGCUGGCCAUGCUGGAGGGGCUGCCCAGGGACCUGCUCUCUCUCUGUGACCCCUGCCGUUCCCCAGGGUUGCCACAAUGGUGAAAGAGGAUAUCGGAAAUGAGAAUGAAGAUUCUGAGCUGUCAGCGUAUGUGAAAAAUGGCAUGAUUCCUAUGCACGAGAAAAGUAAGGAAGGGCCAGCAGUGGAUGCCAAAGGUCCUGAUGGGAAUACCCAAACAGAGGAAACCGCUCUCUUGAAUCACUGUGCUCAGCAACCUCAGGAACCGAUAGCAGGGGAUUCAACACCUGCAAGAAAUCUGAGGCAAAUAUUUGCCUGUCCUCCUCAAGGUGUACUGGCCAGAAUAGUGACAAACGUUGUGAUCGUGGUCCUGGUUUGGGCUGUGGCUUGGUCCAUCACUGGGACUGAGUGUCUCCCAGGUGGAAACCUAUUUGGAAUUCUGUUUCUUUAUUUUUUUGCUGUCAUUGGAGGUAAAAUUUUUGGACUCAUUAAAAUACGAACACUGCCUCCUCUUCCUGCUCUUCUUGGGAUGUUACUUGCUGGUUUUUUCAUCCGAAAUACCCCAGUCAUCAGUGACAUCGUCCAAAUAAACCUUCACUGGUCUGCAGCACUGAGGAAUAUUGCUCUUUCUGUUAUCUUGACUCGAGCAGGACUUGGCCUGGAUCCAAAAGCUCUUAAGAAGCUGAAAGCAGUUUGUUUACGGCUUUCUUUUGGACCAUGCAUCUCAGAGACAUGCACAGCUGCUGUUCUUGCCUACUUCUUCAUGCAUUUGCCGUGGCAAUGGGGAUUUAUAUUAGGUUUUGUUCUAGGUGCUGUUUCCCCUGCUGUUGUGGUGCCGUCAAUGCUGGUACUACAAGCAGGGGGAUAUGGAGUGGAGAAAGGUGUCCCAACUCUGCUAAUGGCUGCUGGCAGCAUUGAUGACAUCCUGGCCAUUACAGGUUUCAACACCUGCCUUGGGAUGGCCUUCUCUUCCGGUUCUACUCUGUACAAUGUGCUCCGUGGAGUGCUGGAGGUCGCUGUUGGCAUAGUAGCUGGGGGGAUUCUGGGAAUGUUUCUUCGGUAUUUCCCAAGCCAUGAUCAGACAUCUCUGGCAUGGAAGAGAUCCUAUCUUGUUCUGGGUCUGUCUAUGUUUGCUGUUUUUGGCAGCAUCUACUUUGGUUUCCCUGGAUCAGGAGGGCUCUGCACAUUAGUCUUAGCUUUUGUUGCCGGUGUGGGAUGGUCUGAUGACAAGAGGGAAGUAGAAAAAAUUGUUGCAGUUGCAUGGACUGUCUUUCAGCCUUUUCUCUUUGGUUUAAUUGGAGCAGAAGUAUCUGUCAUGUCUCUUAGGCCUGAAACUGUUGGGCUCUGUAUCGCUACAUUAAGCAUUGCCCUCGUUGUACGAAUCCUAGCAACAUUCCUAAUGGUGUGUUUCGCUGGGUUUAAUUUCAAGGAGAAAGUAUUUGUCUCGUUGGCAUGGAUGCCCAAAGCCACUGUCCAGGCUGCAAUAGGCUCCCUUGCCCUGGAUACUGCAAGAAGUCAUCAGGAUGAGCAACUGGAAAAGUAUGGAAUGGAUGUACUGACAGUAGCUUUCCUGGCGAUCUUGAUCACGGCUCCAAUUGGAGCCCUGGUUAUUGGCUUGGCAGGGCCCAGACUUUUGCAGAAGGCUCAAACAAAUAAGAAGGAAGAUGAGGAAGGUGCUGAGGCUGGAGAAGAGCCAGAGACCUGUGAGAGUUCGUAAGAUAGAUGCGUACGGGAAUACAGUCCUUCAGCCUCUGCUACGUUUGUCGAGUAAACACUGCGUCUUUUAAUCUUUCUGGGGGAAACCAAAACAAGCAUCUGUUGUAUCUACUAUUUUAAAGCAGCCCUGGUGGAGUUUUUCCUAAAAUAUUUUUAACUGUUGAUGGUGCCUUAAGAGAUGAAUGAGCUAAACAUACAGUGAAUAGGCUGCCGAAGCAAUGAGUCACUGGAGAAGUCGGCAGUCAACAGUUAUUUGAAACGAGUGGUUGUGAGGCCAGGAAGAGGAUCUGAAUUGUUCAGGCGUGGAGUUGGAGUCAUGAGAUGGAAUAUAAACAGAAGAAAAUGGAGACUAACAUAGUUAACUUUUGGUGGCUGGAACUGGGCUGUGAGAUGAUGAGUUCAAAGGCUCAAGAAACGUGACUUCUGAAUUAGACAGGACUGUUCACACUCAGUGAACAAGUCCUGCCACUGGGGUUGGUGAUUCCCUCUCCCUCCUCGUUUGUGUUCCAAAACAUGCCUUCUCCUAUUGCUGUUCCUCCCCAGAACGCAUGCACUGCUUUGUGCCUUCAAGGGACUGUCAGCUCUAUCGUAGCGAGAAACAGCAAGCAGUAUGAGGUGCUGGAGGAGACGGUCAGCUCUGUCAGGGACUAUGGUAAUACAGGAGUAGCUAGUGCUGACAAAA